UGGACUUCACACCUGAGUUGGACGGCUUUUUGGAGCAGUUGGUAGAGGAGCAAGGGCAGAACUGGGACGCCAUUGAGGAAGAGUUCCUAGAAAUCGCUGCCGACUUCGAAGAGACCGACUUGCGGGAAGCAGCCAGAGCCCAAUUCACAAGGUCUAAACUGGAAUCAAGGUGGCGACAGUUAUCGUCCUCACGUGGUGGUGGAGGAGGGAGCGGGAAUGAUCAUGGUGGGCCGGCAUCGAUCGCACCUGAUGCAGCUGGGAAUCAAGAUGGACCAACGAGCGGAAGACCAGCCAAUACCGAGCCAGAGGUCGCCGGUUCCUCAGCGGCUUCUGUCCUAACGGGUACAGAUGAAGCACCUCGUGAUGUUGGCUCGAGUGCGGACGAUGCUUCAACCACCGCUGAUGAGAUGUCCGCAACUGGGGAUGAUGGUCAACUUAAGGCUACUGUAACAAUGUGUGAAAAAUCGAACUUAUCAAUCUUUGCUUGUUUCUCUAGUAAUAACUUAUCAAAGUAGUCUUGUCGUGAGUAGCUUCUGUAUACUUAUCCAUAAGAAGGAAAUUCGGUAAAAAGACCUACUUCUAAGUAUCUCGGCAUUAGUUCUUCCGCACAAAUCCGAGAAGAGGCGAUGCAACGACUGGCUGCCACUACACGACCUGGAGAAUCGGAAUUCAAUCCGAAUUUUCCAUCCUUUGCUUAUGAGUUCUUGGAGUGACAGUUUCAGAUCACAAAGAUUCAGAUUUAUCCAUUAUUGACAUUAGAUUCUUUCAUCUCAGAGAACAACCAAUGAGCAUAAUUAUGAUGAUGGUGAUGAAAUUAUCGUAGUAGAGCUUCUCGUCUGAAAAUCUCCUCUAGUACCAGCUCCACUAGACUCUAAUCUCCAGUCGCUCUGUUAGCGCAUGGUGUAAAUCCGCACGACAUCGAAGGCGAUAUAGUGGAGAACCAGGCAGAUAGACCAGAGGUUUUCGAUUCCAUCCUGAAGAAUUUGCAGAGUGGGCAUGACUACAGCGCCAUGACCACCAAUGUGUCGAGAGAAGAAUUUUCAACGCUGUUGAACGGUCCCAAUGCCUUGCGAACGAGGAGCAAAGACGGUGGAGGUGGUGGGGCUGUGUCGUUAUGGGAAGGGGAUGAUGAGGCGUGUGUGGGAGAUUGUUUAUUUUUUCUCGUGUUGUUAGAGGUCUGUUGUCCUUUGGCUUUGAGUCCAUUUUUUAUACUAGAUGAGGAUGUUUUUCUAAUACCCCCAAGUAGAACAACAAUUGCCUGAUAAGAACUCAGAAGGACAACUUAGAAGCACAAAAGUGAACUUUCAUUCCGUUCCACAAGCACAAGCGCAUCAUCAAGACCUGCGCCAGCAUCCAGAGGAGGCGUUUCUGCCCUGCAAAGAAAUAGAAGUCAAUCAGCAGCCGGACAGAAGGGAAAAGGGAAAGCAACGGGCAGCAAAGGUAUUGAUACACAUAUGUCACCUUGAGCUUAUUAAGGCAACUUUGGGGAAUAGGAGUAAAAAAGCUUAAGCUUUUUUAGUAAGAUCUGAAUCGAUCCAAAUGUAUUUUCUCUUACGCUUCACAGUAAGAUUUUAAUCAAAUUAUCCAAUAAGACAAAUGCCCCCACUCGCAGUUUUUUAAAUUUGACACCCGUAUCUGUUCUUUUCCUCCUCUUUUCUUAUUCACCUUCAAGUGGAUUCUGGAUCUAUGAAGACUCUUUUUGACACCCGCUCUGUUGUCCCCGUAUGAUGAAACAUAAGAACAGGGAAUUGGAGUCGAUGAGUCCCCUGUAUGGCGGACGAUGCGAUUACAAAACACUCACAGUUUCUGAGACAGAGCUAUGGUCUAUUGUUUCAACCGAGAUGGUCUAUGGAAUAAAGUAAGUAUGCUGAUGUCAGAAGGACGAUUGAUGUCACACCAUGAGCCCGAACUACUACCUGUCAAGAAAAAUUUCAAUUUUCUUCUAUGUGAGUAAUCCUAAUGAAGCAUAAUAUUCCCGUUCCUCCAGGUGUAGGUGGUAUAAGUAGCGGAAGUGAUUCGGAGGAAGAUUUUGCGAAAGCACGAGCAAAGGUGAAGCAGCAUUCUGAGUCUAAACUCGUCGGAGGUUCCUCUUUAUCAACAUCAUCGAGUACUACAACGAUGAGACCAACAUCAGGAGGCUUUAGACCGCCAGCACGCAGCACGGCUAGUAAUAUAUUACAGCAAGAACAGGCAAAACACAAGGAAAGUCCUGAGAAAGUAGACCAGGUAGGACAAGAGGGCAAAGACGAACAGAACGAAGAAGAAGAAGACCAUCAAGACGCUGAUGACACUACAGCUCAACCAGAGGAUCGGUUGAAGAAGCAACAACCUCUUAUGCGAUCGAACCGGCGGAGUGCGUUUUCGAAACUCUCCAAAGAAGAAGAACUACUAAUAGCUGGUGGCUUUGGUGCAGGUUUCAUCGACGAAUAUGACCACACUGACGACUUGUCAGAAGGCGCAAAGAAGAAAUUAAGACCUACUUCGCUGAGAGUGAAUCUAAAUCUAUCAAUCUAUCUUGCCCAACGAAAACAUUGAGAAAACAAGGUGCAACUAAACCUUGGGAAACCAUCUUGAUGGAGGCCCUCGAAUUAUCUAUAUAUUACUUAUCUUGCCCAAGAAACAUGCUGCAUCAUGGGAGUCCCGUUUUGAGGCCUCAAAACGAGCAACAAGAAAGAUGCUCAACAAGAUAGAUUUAGAUUUUUUUUUGCAAGGUCUAAAGAAAGUUGCCGAAAUAGAAGCUUUUUUGAAGCGAGGGAAGCCAGAUCAACCUAGCAUGCAGCAACUACAAAAAGCCAUUGCGGAAGAUAAAGCUCUGAUGUCGCAAGUGACGAAGGCGAAAAAUGUUGGUAAAGAUAUGGCGCAGGAUACUCAGAUAGUGAGAAGUACGUACGACCUCUUUGAUGAGCAACAACUUCGCAGCCUGGUCCUAGGAACUUCUACUUGCUGGAGUGUCAUUGACAUCACAGAACGUAGUUCCGCCUCAUACAAAAAUAUUCCAUUCAUCCCCAUCGCCGCUCCACCUUCUAAGGCUUUCUAAAACCUUUCUAAGAAACACAUCAAUCUGUCUCUAAAAGUUCCUCCCUAGAGAACGAUGAAAACGGCAAUGCUAGUACUGAUCAGCCAGAGAGGCUUCUUCCUCGUGAAGAGCCACGUGGUGACGUUCUGCGUGACAUAAGUAGUGCAGUUGCGAAUCGCACACCGUCUAUUAGUCCGGAGCCGGUGCAGAAGGUUAAUUCGGGUAGUUUAUGGACGAGUAAGAAAGGCCGACAUGCUUAUUAGAAUGGAAGAAGGGAAGAGAAAAGAUAAUAUUAAAGUCUAGGAAAAUAUCGUUUCCUUUUAGAAGCGAUCGCUUGAUUGCUCUACAGUAUCAAUCUUAGUCCUCAUAUACACGAUUCUAAUCACGGCAGUGGAUAAAGCCUCGCUUUUGAACGCAGACCGUGUGAUCGAGGCUGGUGGUGAUGGCGCGGGGACAAUUCAGCGCAAUGUUGUAGAAUCAAGUGGCGACGCGCAGGCUUUGCUGGCCAAUCUGAAGAAGUUUCGGAACGGAAGAGAAGAAAACACCGAUCCUGCGGAGAGACGCGCGAGUUUAUCUAAGGAGGAACAGCGUCGACAGGAUGAGGAUGAGAAGCGGCGGUUUGCAGAGGAGUGCGAGCGUCGGAGAGUCAUGCUUUAUGGGGUUUUCUUAGAGUUUGUGUUUGUGUUUUCUCUAGAGGUAGCUGAAUUGGGAUAAAAUUCUACCAGCUCCAUCACUAUCACUAUCAUCAUCAUCGUCUUCACCAAGUUUAUAGCAGAGGAGCUACAGACUACUUAGACAGAAAAAGAACCUAAACUAAUAGGCUUAUUAACUUCCACCACCUGUAAGAGUGUUGGUCAAGGUCAUAAUCCUAAUGGAUUCACAAAGAUCACAAGGAUAAAGAUCAGCAAAAUGACCAAGAUCGCCAGGCAAAAGGUUACCGGAGCACCAUCCAAACGCCCGACGGGUUUACCGUCGCGCGGGUGUCUCUGGCUUCUCCUCUCUCUCUCGUUUGUGGCUCAAGCCUCCCAAUACAGUCAAGGACAAAACAGCACCGGAAUGAUCUCAAAGAUAACCUACAGACCUAAAUGCAUAUAGUUCCAAAAACAGUGAUCAUCAGGCAAAGGACCUUCAACGUAUUCAGAUAGAAGAAAUGAUGAAUGUUUCAUAGCUGUAAUCAGGUUCAUAACGUACUGUCAGUUCUGAUCAAUGAUGAGAAUCAACAUAGGAUGAUCGUAUGAAUCAAUGAUGAUAGCAUAAGCGUUUCCAUAUGAAAGUUUCCCCAUGCAACAUGAUAUCCCAAUGAUGAAGCUGAGACUUCCUCCAUGUAACCCCAAUGAACAUCCACAGGGAUCAAAGCAGCCAGAGAUCAUUAGUCUCAGGCUGUGAGUGCAAAUUGUGCAAACAGUAUCACUCUCAAGUGUUUCUCACCGAGAAACUAGACGCGACUUAACAGUCUGUGUUCGAAUGUAUCCAACACUACUUUGACCCUUGAGCUAAGUAUAGAGUAGAAAUCCAUCUAGAAACAACUUUUCAAAAUGUCCUGCGAUGCGAAAGAAAUUUCGAAGAAACUCGGACAGAAGUCCGACUGGCGAGCAUGGCAACUUGCCAUACGUCAGGAAGCUAGCCGUCUCGGCCUGCUUCAAAACUACACGAAUGUAGUCGGCAUUCCGGCAGCUCCUCAUGGUAUUCCUAACGGAGUUACCAAUCGGGAGGAAACAAUUCGGCAGAAGUGGCGCAACCUGAAAGAUGCGAUUAUUCGUAGUCUGAAAGGUGCCGCUGCGUCGUUCAUCAACAACCAGAACGAUAAUGGGCAGGUGGAUGCGAUGGAUGCAGGUGAGGUUGUUGUGCUCCUUCGUGAUGUAGGACACUUCGAUCAAAACAACCGUCAGGAACAACGGAUGAAAGUAAAACCGCUUACGGAUGGCGUGUUGAAGUUCCACAACGCGGAUCAACCUGCAGAUGUCACAGGAUUCUUGUCGAAAGUCCGAGACAUCAUGAACCAGUCGCCCACCGUGUACCCGCCGGAAGCAGGAGUGCCAGAAAGUGACCAACAAAAUGGUGCACUGCUACAGAAGUUGCCAGAGCUGUUCUGCAAGAACUUCAAGGCAACGAUCGAACGCAUGCAGGAAGAAGAUGGUCUGACAUUUGACCAGAUUGGUGACCGACUUGAAAAGCGUCUUGCGACGUUGAUCGAGGAGGGAACCUACAAAGUUGAGAACGAUUCCUUCGGGAAGGCGUUCCCGGUCAAUGUUCAGGAGACCUCGAAUAAGCGUUCUCGUGAAGAGGAAGAUGACGAGGAAAAGGCCAAUGAAGGUGGUAAGAUCUUUCUGUCUAAAAGUGCUCUCAAGCGCUUCAAGGCAAACACAAAGAAGAAGAUCGCCGCCGAGGUCUAUGCCUCCAAUUCGAACGGCAAAGGAAAGCCGCAGAACAAAAAUAAUAAAGGUUCUGGAAAACAAGAUACCCGUCCAGUCUGUUGGAUCUGCAACAAACCGGGUCACAAAUCCGCGUCUUGUUGGAAGAAUCCACAGAACCAGGCAAACUGGAACUGGAACACCAAUUCCCAAUCUAGUAGUGCUAUGGGUAAAGGUGGAAAGGGUAAUGGCAUGGUUCACAUGUCCCAAGUUGCGGAGCUGUGGCAAGCUCUCAACGGCGGAAAGCAGAGCUGAGUUGCGGAACCGGUGGAAAGCGGAUUUUGCUCGCUGAACUUGGAUGAAGAUGAGGGUGAAGAAAUAAACGUAAAUAAUACAGGGGAGGUAAAACUUGUGGGACAUAGUCUUUCAACUAGUUCCAUUACUGCAAGAGAAGAAGUUAGUCUGGUUGAUAGCUGUGCAAACAAAUACCUUUCAAGACACAAGGAUGACUUUAGUGAAAUAACUAUGAGAACUUGUAGGAUUACUGGUAGCGCUGGAAGUAAAGACGGAAGAGUAGGAAAACUAAAGUCAAACAUCUUAGGGCUCCAGUAUGGUGUUUAUUAUGAUUCACUACCAAAGGACUUAGAUCGUAUUAUACCUUGGUUAGGUGAAGGGAACUGCUCGCAAUUAGGAUGGGAAUUCAACUUCAAAGGCGCAGGUGGUUGUCUCGUACAUACGGACACCGGCCAGGCCAUACCCAUAAGAAGUCAUCCACGCUUGCAGCUUCCCAUACUUGCAUGCAACUUAUUUAAAGAAGAGACUGAUAGUGGUUAUAUUUGUUCAACAGUAGAAGAAGGAGUCAGUAGUUGUUACCUUACAAGACUCGAACUUCAUAGAAGAUGUGGGCACUUUCAUAUAGAUGGCCUCCAGGUAAAUUGCCCUGAGUGUGAUCUACAUAAAGGCCAACGCGCACCACAUGCAAAAGCUAGAGAUACUUCGAACUACAAACCUGAACCAUUGAAGUUACUAGCAAUCGACUUUGCUGUUGGAAUCAAACCCGUAUCAGUCAGGUCAAAGAGAUGUGUAUUAGUGAUCAUCUGUGAUGUAAUUAAGAAGGUGUUCUGUCGACCGCUUAAGCUGAAAAGUGACUGUGUGGAGGAAAUAGAAGAAGUUAUCAAAGGCAUUCGCCAGGACUACUCCUUAUCACUUGAUGACAAGGUAGUGUGGUUCCUCCGGAGGGAUGGAGAACCUGUCCUGAGCAGUGAUGACAUGACCAAAGUUAUGCAAUCGCUGCGAGUCUCAGACAGUCCGGCUGUUCCUUAUAAUCCGGAGAUGAAUGGGACCUGCGAACGUUUUAUGCGGACUUUGUUCGGCAGUGUACGCACAAUGCUGACUAAAGUUGAUAAACGCCUCUGGUGUUACUGCGUCGAGUACGCUGGUGACUGCUGGGAUCGUUUACCGCAUAACUAUGCAAAAAUGCCUCAACAUGAUGGAAAGAGUCCAAUUGAAAUCUUAGAAGAAAGGACUGGUAGAAACUCAUCGAAGAGUUCAAUCGGCAUGCUCCGCCGAUUUGGUUGUCUAGUUUACUUUCGUGAACAAAUUCAAGCCAACACUCCUGAACCCAAGCUCUCGGCCAAGUACCGCCGUGGCGUCUUCCUUGGACUCUGUCCGAAGUCGUCUGGUUGGUUGGUUGGAACUUUCGCUCAUGACGAUCGUUGCAAGCUUGGACAUCGAUGGGCGGAAUACUCUACCCUAGAUGUAAAGUUCAGAGAGGACUAUCUAAUUAAAAAUAUCGAUUGGCUUUUGCCAGAUCAGAAGGGCAUCUACAUUGAGUAUGACGAACUGGAAAAUCUGCAGAGUGGCGCGUCGUCGCUGGGCUCCCCCUUGCUUGGACAGUCAGUGCAAAGGCUGGAUCAUCAAUCGGGGUUCUCUGGCACGGAGCACAUUCCAGGUGGACCGACCGCGAUUUCCGACGAAUUAUUUAUUGAGACACUGGAUAAAGUAGAGGAAUCCAACGCAGCUGACUCUCCAAAAGGUGUUUCACUUGAGGAGGGGAAUGCUGAAGCGAAGGAUCGCGAGACAUCUGCUCCGCUAAGUCCGUCUAAGUCGAAAGCGCCUUCUCCAGCACGUGUUGUGGCAGGCGAACGCCGUACACACGUCAAGAAGCGUGGCCGACCAAAAGGAGCGAAGGACAAAGCAGGCAGCAGGGUUCGAAGAACAAAGAAACAGUUAGAAGAACUGAGAAAGAAUGUGGCGCUGUUCGCUAGUGCAGUAGGUGGCACGUGUGAAUUAGACGAAGAUGAGGAAUUCGUCGAAUCAUAUGUGAUUUUGUCCGUUGCUCAAGCACUCAAGUCUCCUGAUGCCGACAAAUGGCGGGAGGUUAUUGACAAAGAGCAUGCGAGACUGCUAGCCUUUGAGACGUGGAAAGAAGCUUCUGACGAGGAGCUUGCGACCGCGCGACAGGCUCUACCAAUUGCCAUAAUUCUAACUAUUAAAAGAUGUGGAAGAUACAAGGCUCGCGCUUGUGUCCUCGGUAAUCUAGAUCGUUCAGGAGAGCUAAACACCUUUGCUCCCGUAGUUUCACACGCCGCUAAUAGGCUGCUCCUGACAUCUGCUGCGUCAGAACAGGACUAUGUGAUCCCGUUCGAUUUAGAUUCUGCGUUCCUCAAUGCUGAACUCGAUCGCGAUGUCUUCUGCCGUCUCCCACCCAUCUGGGCAGAGAAGCAUGGACGCGAGAUCGUGAAGCUCAAGAAGGCCUUAUACGGCUUGAAGGACGCACCACGAGCAUGGUUCAAGAAAUAUCACGACAUACUAGCCAGUAUUGGCUGGGAGCCGUGUGAUUCUGCGCCAGGCUUAUGGAGAAAGCCGAGUGCGAAGGUACCUGGGAAGUUCCUCAAGAUGUCAGUCUAUGUUGAUGACAAUCUUGCAACGGGUCCUGAUCUUGAUGAGCUCAAGACCGAACUAGAACUCAUCUUCUCGCGUGCCCCUGGCCGUGCGAUUGAUGUGGAGUCCGUUCCAACCCCUUGGGGUCAAACGUGGCUCAGGUUCGACUUCUUAGGUGCCAUCGUGUACUACUGCCGUGAAGCUCGAACAUUUCGGCUCAAUAUGGAGGAGUACAUUGAUAAAAUCGCAAAGAAAUUCGAAAUUGAUGUCGGAAAACCGGUUUACUCGCCCAAUUUUGACGAGUCGGCUUUUCUUGAGGAGGGGAUCAAGAUAGUCGAAGGGUAUCCCUUUCGUGAGGUAGUUGGUGCCUUGCUAUGGGUAGCUGUAACCGCGCGCCCGGACAUUUCUGUACCGGUGGCAGCAUUGGCUAGACAUGUCAGCAAACCCGCGUCAACAAGAAUGGUUAAAGCAGCCAGAAAAGUGCUAAAGUAUCUGGUGACAACGAGAGACCAAGGACUGGAAUACUCACCAGAACAAGAAGAAGAAUUCAAUAGAAUCUAUUCAAAGUUACUACCUGAAGGCAGAGAUAUGCCAGAGGUGAAUAUCUUUAGUGAUGCAGGUUUCGCCAACUGCGCAAAGACUAUGAGAAGUACAAGUGGAUCGAUCAUGUAUUUCAAAGGCGUUCCAAUUGCUUGGAGAAGUAACCGACAAACUGUCCGUGCCUACUCUACGGCUGAAAGUGAAUAUAUUGCAGCUUCUGACACUAUCGUGCUUAGUGAACUGCAUGACUUUACAGACUUCUAUAGGCCUCUACCAACUCAGUUGGUACACACACAGAACGGCUUGUCUCCCUCUUUAGACAAUGCUGUGCUCUGGAUCGACAACCAAUCCGCGAUCACAACAGCCAAAGCAACUGACACACGCCCGAAGAGUCGCCAUUAUGCACUUCGCUACUUGCGUGUGCGUGAUGCGGCCAGUAAGAUAGUUUUCUGUCCAACUAACUUAAUGAAGGCUGAUGGCUUAACUAAGUUAGAAUGUAGUUCGUCUCAACGUAGACUACUACUUCACCAUAUAGAUAACCCGAUAACUAAAGUUGAGUAUGAUGAUUGUGAUUCCUCAGACGAUGAAACGAAUGGGGAUGAUUUAGCUUACUAUAGUGUAGUAUAUUCGGUUUACUUUGGUUUCUAGCCGAGUAUACCGUAGCCAUAGAAGAGUAGUUAGGAGAUAUGACUUCCGUGGUAGUCCAGAAGACUAGGGACUUCGACACGCAACGAUUGAGGAGGGGUGUUGGUCAAGGUCAUAAUCCUAAUGGAUUCACAAAGAUCACAAGGAUAAAGAUCAGCAAAAUGACCAAGAUCGCCAGGCAAAAGGUUACCGGAGCACCAUCCAAACGCCCGACGGGUUUACCGUCGCGCGGGUGUCUCUGGCUUCUCCUCUCUCUCUCGUUUGUGGCUCAAGCCUCCCAAUACAGUCAAGGACAAAACAGCACCGGAAUGAUCUCAAAGAUAACCUACAGACCUAAAUGCAUAUAGUUCCAAAAUCAGUGAUCAUCAGGCAAAGGACCUUCAACGUAUUCAGAUAGCAGGAAUGGUGAAUGUUUCAUAGCUGUAAUCAGGUCCAUAACGUCUUGUCAAGUUCUGAUCAAUGAUGGGAAUCAAUGUAGGAUGAUCGUAUGAAUCAAUGAUGAUAGCAUAAGCGUUUCCGUAUGAAGCAUAUGAGAGCUUCCCCAUGCUACAUGAUAUCCCAAUGAUGAAGCUGAGACUUCCUCCUUGCAACCCCAAUGAAUAUCCACAGGGAUCAAAGCAGCCAGAGAUCAUUUGUCUCAGGCUGUGAGUGCAAAUUGUGAAAACAGUAUCACUCUCAAGUGUCUCCUUCCGAGAAACUAGACGCGACUUAACAGUCUGUGUUCGAAUGUAUCCAACAAAGAGAGAGGAAGGCUCAAGAAGAAUCUUCCAUUCUAAUUCCAGCAAGAACGAAUGCGUGGACUCGACCAAGUGCUAGCUACCAGUGACCGCGUCCAUGAGCACGUAGCCAAUCUACAGCGCCUCGAGAGCAGUAGUCGGGAUCAGGUAUUGGUAUUGAAGGGAACGCGCACAGGUGGCUCACCAAGAAUGCUUUCUUCGAAAACUGGCAGUCCGAAAGUUAACAAAUCGUCUCCUAAGCGAGCCUCUUUUCUCGAUUAUGCAGACUCCUAUGACAGGGACGCGACAGCAAGUACGGCGGCAAGCACACGUGCACAAGUUAAGGCUUGCAACGAUUCAUCUUCACAACGAUUCAUCUUCUCCGUUUUCGGCAUUGAAUUCUGAGAAGAAGGGCAUGCGGAAAAAAAAAACUUUGUGCUCUAAACUAGGGACUGACGCAACCGAGGAAACGGAGAGAAAGGGUGGUUCUUCGAGUAGUCAGGAAGAAGUGGGGGAGACAAUCGAAGUGGACACGAAACUGCUAGAAGAAGUUGCGGGAAGAAGGUUUUCUGAAUAGAAAUAGCGUUCACUUUGUUCCAAAUUCAACAGAACACUGCUGUGAUUUUGAAAAAUAUCACUCAUCGCUUAAAUGCAAACCUCCACAUCAGAUACAAUUUUCCUCUGGUCCAUUUUGCUGGUUCUCGGUCUCAGCAACUGGACCUCGCGCCAGCUGGCUUCGUAAGUAUGGCGAUGGGCAUGAACACGAAACUGUACCUCUUGCCAUACGCUAGCGAGGAACGGCCUUUACCAUCAGAAAAGACACUGCAGAUCCUGUCCGCCGUGGCAGUCUGUCAAGCAGCGGUCCUUCUGCUUGUCGAUGGCGUCAGUCUGCAAAACGCAGAGUCUGUUAUGUUGCAGCAUCAUGUGCAUCUAUUUUGUUGCAGAAGUACCAACCACGUCUCAUAAUGUAUGGGACAGUUGUUUUAGGUUCUUCUGUAUCAUGGUACAGUUGUUUACAGAUGCUGUUCUCGCACUGUAGUAGUGCUUGACUAAUAUCUAGUUCUUUCUAAGGCCACUUCUUCCCGCCGCUCCGACAUGCAGUACUACGGCUUGUAUGUGCUGAUCGCUGCGCCAGAACGUAAAGUGUUGCGGCAGUUGCAGGAUGAAGCCUCUCGUGUCGAGAUCGACGAGGCGCCAAAGCAAGGAAUCCGUCCACGAGCUCCGGACUUCGCUAAAGAAGCGGAUAAGUUGCAAGAAGCACCGUUUUUACCAAUUUUAUGCUGAAAGGACAAGAUGAUUUGCUGACAAGAUAAUUUGCUGCCUUUGGUGCAGGAUCCAUAACCCAACCUAACAUAAACUUUGAACAGCGGAAUCUGGUGAGGUUACCGCAUGAUAUUGCCUCAAAGUAGUCUCAUCAUCAUCCCAUGUACUAUAAGAUGAUUGAGAUGAGUUGUGUUGAGAGGACCACAAGCGUUACAAUUCGCAUCUAACAUCAGAGGCCGACGACUGGCAUCCAGUGCUCACACGCUCUUUUGGGUUUGGACCGCAUCUAGUUGGAAGCUACGCGAAGGAGGAAGAAUUUAGCGACGAUGAAAAGCUAGACAGACACUACACGGCAACGUAUUUUGAUUUUGUACAAUUAAGUACUUGGUAGCGACGAUUUGUAUGAGCAAAGUGCUUGUAGCUACGAUUUGUAUGAGUCUUUCUAAGUAAAUGGUUAGUAUGGAGGAGUUGUAUGAGGUGUUCCUGUGUGCGAGAGAUGCAGAGCGAUGAAGAAGGAGACCAUUUAGUGCCUAGCAUAGUUGGACAAGCUACUAGCCAAUAAACACUCACAUUUCGUUCUGCUUUCUGUUUCUCGUCAACAAUCAUUGUUUGUGUUCUCCUCAACUCUACAGCGAUGGCGCCUUAACGAAAGGCGGUUUCUACGAACAAGCAUGCGUAGUGGUAGUACGAAAACCUGAUCUUCUUGGCGAACUAGUGAGGCAAGGGACGCAGCGUGGCCUGUACCUAUGCGGAUUACGAACCGUGUAUCCAAGUGCUAGUGAGAUCGAGAAGUGCUGUUCCAUCUUGAAGCAGCAUCUUCGAGCGUCACAGCGCAAUGUCAUCGCGGCACUGCGUGGGCCAGAUUGCCUGGAAAUUUUGCGCGAAAUCGUUGGGCCUAGUCCAGAAAUAGCAAGGCAGACGGACCCAACGUCACUGAAUGCCAGAUUUGUUAAGGCGAUAUCAGAAGACAGAAACCUCCCUAUUUACGCUCCUUAGUUAUAUACUUGCACUUUUUGGAUCUCUUCUUGGCAAGGAAAAAAAACCUACUUAGGUAAAUAUUAUAAGAUUCUUGACUAUCAAUCUAAGGAUCAACAACAUAUUAUAAGAUGCUUUUUCUAUAGCACAACGAAUGAAUGCUGUGAACGCAAUAAGAUUUACAUCUCCUGCUCUAAUCUUUGUGGAAUCCAUUCCACCCACGUCGUAAGCCCACCCGCUCGCGGCCAGGUCGAUUUAGUAUGGGCCUUCGGUGGUCGUGCGCAGGACAUACAGCCUAAGGAGCCUCUGGGAAGACAAGAUAUGAGCCUUUUUGGAAGUGAAUAGCAGCAAUAUAUAGAGGAAAAAGUAGUAGUAGAAUAGCAGGUGUACUGUAGUUGACAUUGUGUUUAGAUCAUGGAACACAGUUAUGGUUACCUUGGAAAAGAAAAAUCAAAAUAUAAUUCUAGAAGAUACGUCUUCUCAUACGCAGUAUCUUCGUCCUCCUUCUCUUACCCCUACUCCUCUUUCCACCCCCAUCUCCUUCAUCUCCCACAUGGCCGCACACCUGAAGACCGCGUUGCGCAAUACGGCAGUGACGCACGCUUUCCACGUGUUCCCGGAACAGGUGUACUGUGUAGCGCUACGACACGCCCUUGCGCCAAAGGAUCUGGUGACUCGCCUCGGACUCUUCCUGCGACAUUUCGGACGUGUCCUCAGCGUCAAUCCCCAGCGAGUCAAACUUGAAGGAAUGGGGAGUCUUAGUUUAUGAUUACAGCAAUGUCACUGCGUAAUCGCAGGUGGCCUAAGUGGGUCUACUUGUAUCUUGAAAGGUAGAUCCCCCUUUCUGGCAUGCUUGAUGCCUGCUACAACAUCACAGCGUAAUAGUUUUUUGAGUCACAACGACGUAUGAAUGUGUAAACACAUAAAGCAGCAAGUCUUCUUCACUUCUAAUCCUUACCUUUACUGUGACUGCAGUACGGGAGGCUGGCACAGGGUUCUUGCAACCCCUGAGGCAGCAGUCGGGGUCCCUCUACGAGCACGUCUUUUCAGAAUUGCCGAUGGAGACAUACGGUCUCCGAGUGCGAAAUCUAGACCAAAAUUUAUGGCUGAGCCUCUGUGACUACCAAGGAUAUCUUGAACUUUUAUACUGUAGGUUUCAAUGUUUGAUGAGGUGUUGAAGAGAAUUGAAUCGAUGCUGUCACUUGUUACUUCGUUCCUCUUCUCUAAUAAACCAUGCCUUCAGCGCCCCACCAAGAACCGAGGAUCAGGUGGACGUUUGCGUCACUCUUCUACCCCUCUUGCCAGGAGACGAUCUUUCUUAUGAGUUCUUACAGUUUUGAUUUUUUGCACGACCUUUCUUAUGAGUUCUUACAGUUUUGAUUUUGAAUGCGCAAGUGGAGAGCUCCUAAGGAUUUGCUAGUCGGUCCUGAUUUUCUUGGUGUCUUUCUAGUGACUGCCAGCUUUGAAGAGUCAUGCAGUUCAAGAUUGGUUAGCUCAUAUGAACAUUAGCCAAGUGACGUAAUACAUCAAUUUUUCGAAGACAAACAUCACAGUCUAAGCUUCAGCAGUAUGGCAGCUAUUGGAGUCGGAAGGUGCAGACCACAAAGCAGGUGAACCCCGAUCACUCACGUUUGGCGCUGGCUUGGACCUCAUCGCAUUGA